AUGAUCAGUGCUGAUAGUUUAUGUCGCGUUUGUGGUGAUCGAGCUAGUGGAAGACAUUAUGGUGUUCAGAGUUGCGACGGAUGUCGAGGCUUUUUUAAACGAUCUGUGAGACGUUCGAUGAAUUACGAAUGCAAAGAUCGAAAGCAAUGCAUUGUGGAUGUCGCAAGAAGGAAUCAAUGCCAAGCAUGUCGUUUUCGCAAAUGUCUCGCCGUAUCCAUGAAUCCACGUGCUGUACAAAAUGAACGAAAAAUACGACCACGUUCUACAAAAAUGUUUCGAGAAAGGUGUUAUGGUUGCUCAAUAGCACCUUCUGAUAAGAUUAAUGAAAGAGUACGGGACAGGAAAAAGAAAGAAUACGCGAUGGGUCGAAGAAGGAGAAAUCAAGCAUCCUCAUUUGUAAAGCAAUUGACAACUGUUGGAGAGUUUGUUCAACUGGAUUCGUGUAUUUGUCUGAAUUUCAUGCUACGAUUCAUGAUGCUAUCACCACCAUUAUCACAUAUCAGUAUCCAUGAACACAGCAUCAAAUUUGAUCGAUUACAAACAACUGUGCAAAAGUUGAAUUCAUUAAUGCUAACACCGUUGGAAAUUUGGUACCUAUGUAUGGCUAUUAUUUCUGAUUCAGGUUAA